CUGGCCUGAUAGGUGGUUCUGGGGCUUAGGUGAGAAGCAGUCAGUGGGUCCAUACAGCAUGAAGCCCACAGUCAUCUUUGACAACUGAUAAGAAGUGGUGAUGAUGAUAAUGUCAAUCCUGUUUCCUUAGGUGUCGCCUGCAAUUAAAAGAAAUCUGUUUGCAGCACUACAGGAGCCCACGCAAACCUCAAAAUAAAAUGUUUCCGAUUCUGUGCCGCCUCUGUGGUCCAGAAACAGACUGUGUUGUUACUGAAUCCAGUCGCUUGCAUAUUGCUGUUAAUUGCCUUUUGUUUUCGAAGAGCUGAUUUGUUUUUGCGUUUCUGUGGGUAGUUUUUGGGGGGAGGCACUCUCCCCCUCUGAGUUGUAAGGCUGGCAAAAUAUGACAUCCCUAAUGAAUUCAGCCAAGUGCAGUGUUUUCAUGGGGGCUGCAGGGGAAGCUUUAUUAAGACUUCAUUUCUCCUUUCCCCAGGCCUUUGCUUUGGGUGAGAAGCAUCCUGAGUUUAAGGAUGACAUCUACGUGCCCUAUGCUCAGUGGCUAGCAGAGAACGAUCGCUUUGAGGAAGCCCAGCAAGCAUUCCACAAGGCUGGGCGACAGAGAGAAGCAGUCCAGGUGCUGGAGCAGCUCACAGACAAUGCUGUGGCAGAGAGCAGGUUUAAUGAUGCUGCCUAUUAUUACUGGAUGCUAUCCAUGCAGUGCCUCGAUAUAGCUCAAGCAGAUCCUGCCCAGAAGGAUGUGAUGCUUGGCAAAUUCCACCACUUUCAGCGUUUGGCAGAGCUGUACCAUGGCUACCAUGCCAUACAUCGCCACACGGAGGAUCCAUUCAGUGUCCAUGGGCCUGAAACUCUUUUCAACAUCUCCAGGUUCCUGCUGCACAGCCUGCCCAAGGACACCCCCUCGGGCAUCUCUAAAGUGAAAAUACUCUUCACCCUGGCUAAGCAGAGCAAGGCCCUGGGCGCGUACAGGCUGGCCCGACACGCCUAUGACAAGCUGCGAGGCCUGUGUAUCCCCUCCAGAUUCCAAAAGUCCAUCGAGCUGGGUACCCUGACUAUCCGCGCCAAGCCAUUCCACGACAGUGAGGAGCUGGUGCCCUUGUGCUACCGCUGCUCCACCAACAACCCGCUGCUCAACAACCUGGGCAACGUCUGCAUCAACUGCCGCCAGCCCUUUGUCUUCUCUGCCUCUUCCUAUGAUGUGCUACACCUGGUUGAGUUCUGCCUGGAGGAGGGGAUCACUGAUGAAGAAGCCAUCUCCCUCAUCGACCUGGAGGCACCCAGACCCAAGCGAGAGGACAGACAGCAGGAGACCAUAAACAACAGCUCCCAGAUUCUGCAGCUAGUGGAGACCAAGGACUCCAUGGGAGAUGAGGACCCGUUCACAGCUAAGCUGAGCUUUGAGCAGGGUGGCUCAGAGUUUGUGCCGGUGGUGGUGAGCCGUCUGGUGCUGCGCUCCAUGAGCCGCCGGGACGUCAUCAUCAAGCGCUGGCCCCCGCCCCUGAGGUGGCAGUACUUCCGCUCACUGCUGCCUGACGCCUCCAUUACCAUGUGCCCCUCCUGCUUCCAGAUGUUCCACUCUGAGGACUAUGAGCUGCUGGUUCUUCAGCACGGCUGCUGCCCCUACUGCCGCAAGCGCAAGGACGACCCCGGCCCAUGACCAGCACCCUGGGGACAGCCUGCACUGUCUGCCUGCCUUGCGAUCUGCUGGACUUUGAAGGAGAAUGAAGAGUUAAACUGUCAGAAUGCAUCUCUUGCCCAGAUGAAGUUUGUGUUUUGGGGGGGCCUUGUGUAACCACGGAAUUCCUAUUUAUGGCAUUUCAUGCCUUGUAAAUAGCACCAGGAGAUGAGGAAGAGAAUGUACAUAUAUUUUCUAAGGAAAAAAAUCUGUUACUUUCAGAACGGCUCCUAGUUGUUCGUGGCAGCCUGCUGGAGUCCGCAGAUCUGUCAGACCGUUAGCAUGUACAUUUUGCCAACAGAUUGCCUCAAUAAUGACAAAAGGGCUCCUUAUUUUCAUCAGCGUCUGCAUUUUAGCAAGUAUUCGUAUUGUCUGCAACUUAAUUUCCUUAUGCAAAAGUGCACCUGUUUCUAAUUUGAUCUGAAAGGAAUAUUA